GGAAAUCAUGUCGGUUUUGGAACAACUCAAAGGAGCAUCAGUCGUUGUUGCGGAUACUGGAGAUUUUAAUGCGAUCAAGGAAUUCCAGCCAACAGAUGCAACUACCAACCCAUCGCUCAUCCUGGCCGCCUCAAAAAUGGAGCAAUACGCAGCAUUAAUCGAUCAAUCAGUUGCCUACGCAAAAGAGCACGCCAGUGGACAUCAAGAAGUGCUCCAAGCGGCUAUGGAUCGACUUUUUGUAGUUUUUGGAAAAGAAAUCCUGAAAACUAUUCCAGGAAGAGUUUCCACAGAAGUUGAUGCUCGUCUUUCAUUUGAUACUCAAGCAUCGAUUGAUCGGGCUCUUGGACUUAUUGCUCAAUACGAGAAGGAAGGAAUCUCGAAGGAUCGGAUUCUUAUCAAACUUGCUUCAACUUGGGAAGGAAUUCGGGCUGCUAAAUUCCUCGAAUCUAAGCACGGAAUCCACUGCAACAUGACACUGCUCUUCAACUUUGAGCAAGCAGUCGCGUGUGCCGAGUCAGGAGUCACCCUAAUCUCGCCAUUCGUCGGAAGAAUCAUGGAUUGGUUCGUGAAGAAUACCGAUCAGAAGGCCUACACUCGAAAAGACGAUCCAGGAGUUGUCAGUGUUACUCGAAUCUUUAAUUAUUACAAGAAAUACGACUAUAAGACACAAGUGAUGGCUGCCUCGUUCCGUAAUACUGAAGAGAUCAAGGGACUUGUUGGAUGUGAUCUUCUUACUAUUUCUCCGGCUCUUCUGAAGCAACUUGCUGCGGAGACGGAACUUGCUCCAGUUGUGCUCUCCACUUCUCAUGCCAAGACACUCGACCUGCCGAAAGUGAGCAUUGACGAGAAGGCGUUCAGAUGGGCUCUCAACGAGGACGCCAUGGCCACCGAGAAGCUCGCCGAAGGAAUCCGCAACUUUGCCAAAGACGCCAGAACUCUGGAGAAGCUUAUCGAGGCAAAGAUCUAAAUUGUAUUGAUUGAUGUAUUUGUCGUGCUUACUAGUUUUCCCCAAUUUCAUCAGUGUUGUGAUUUCCCCUUAAAUAUUUCGUUACGUAUUUUAAUGAACCCUUAUGUAAUUUAAA